AUGGCAAAAUCCAUACAAUUAACAUCACAUCCAUUGGCUAAUUAUCCAUUGAAAGUUUUAUUACAACUUGAAAAAAAUCAUAAAUUUGAUAAAUUACCUAAUUUAAAAAAUUAUCCAUCAGCAACUAGAAUAGCUAUAAGUAAUAAUAAGCUUCGUAUUGCAUGUACAUCAGAUAUAUUUGAUAAUACAACAAAACUAGUUGAUUCAUGUCCACUAGCUGAUGUACUUAUUAUAGCUGGAAAUAUUUCACGUUAUUCAAAAUGGACAGAUAUUGUUAAAUUUCGAAAAUGUCUUGAUGAUUUACCAACAAAAUAUAAAAUUCUUCUACCAGGAAGUUCUGAUCUUUGUUUUAAUCUUGAAAAUCUUACUAAUGAACAAGCUAAACAAUGUGAACGAGAUAAUAUUAAACAAGAAUUAGCAAAACUUGGAUUAAAACAUGUUUCACAAUAUUUAAAUAAUGUUAUUUAUUUACAAGAUAUGGGUGUUGAAAUAGCUGGUGUUAAAUUUUAUGGAUCACCGUGGGUAUCAACUAAUAAAACAGCUGCAUUUUAUUGUUCUCGUAAUAAUAUAAUGAACAAAUGGAAUCAUAUACCACGUGGAAUCGAUGUUUUGAUUACAUGUCAACCACCGUUAGGUCACGGUGACGCUGAUUAUAUUGAAGAACAUUUAGGCGAUGUUGACCUUCUCGAAUUUGGUAUGUCAUUUAAUGGAUAUACAUAUUUUGUUAAUGCAACUAUGUGUACACGUUCUUAUAAUCCAUCAAAUGACUUAAUUGUAUUUGAUGUUCCAAUGCCUAAUAAUGCAUCGAAAAUUUCUCCGAAUAUUAAUUAUUUUACUGGUCUCAUAUAA